CCUUUGAAGAAGGUUGAAACAAUAUAAAAACUAUCUAACCAGCACGCACGGUUAACUUCAUCACAUAACAAAAUGUUACCUAACAUAGAAGCGUUGAGAAUGAUUCUCGAUAGACGAUUAACUCAGGCUGUCGAUGAGCUAUUUGGGGUAGUUGAAACAAAGAUAGCAGAGUACCAGCAAGAAACGUGUCGUUCGAAAGUGGACAAUAAUCGAAUGAAAGUGGAGUACGAAGAACAUUUGAAACGGGUGAAAGAAGAGAACAGCCGCCUUAAAAUGCUGCUCGAUGUCUUUCUUCAACCAAAAUUAAAGUUACAAAGACUCGAAGACCUCCAACAGUUCACCAUCUCUGAAGUGGUUUCCCCUGAGAAACAACAGGUUUGGAGCUCCAGUCCAGGACAGAAGGACGAGGAGUCCGGGCCCUCCCAGAUUCAAAAAGAACAGGAGGAACUAUGGGUCAUCAGUGAGAGAAGGGAGCAGCUUCAAGUGGUGGAUUACAAUACUGAUGAUUCUGCAGAUAGCAACAACUUCCUAUCUACUGCCAGAGGGAAAUGUGACUAUAACCAGAACCCAACUCCUCAGAGCCCCUCAAAUCUUUACAGAAUUUCAACCCAAUGUAAAGAGAACAUAAGUAGGGAUGAUCUACCUAGCGUCACAACAAAACCUGAACUGAUUACUACUGAGAUCUCCAGCAACUCUCAGCAUAGUGCUUCAGUCAAUUCAGACUGGUCUGAGUUAAGUGAGAGUAGUGAAAGUCUUGAUCAGACAGAGAGUGACGGACCUCCACUCAAGUUAAGGAGAAGACAGACAAAAGCUGGACAAAGCACGCAUUUCUUUACUGAAGGAAGAAAAGUCGCAGAAAUGCUCCCUCAGAAAUCCCUAAGACACAGUAAUGUUCAAUGUAGAAUAUGUGCAACUCCUUUUAUCACCAUGGCAUCUUUAGUGAUUCAUGCACAUAUACAUACACAUUUUUUGCGGUGUGGCAUAUGUGGAAGAUCCUUUGAGUCUGUAGAAGGUUUGAAAAAUCAUCUACAUUUUCAUGUUGCAAGAACGGGGUUGCUUUCUUGUUACAUUUGUGGUGUUUUGUUUGUAGAAGAUGAGGGGACUUUGUUGGAAGAGCACAUUAUGAAGGAUCAUAAAUUGAAAUCGUAUCAAUGUCUUGGGUGUAACAAAUGUUUUGACAACCGCCAUGAUCUGACAUUGCAUAUGAGGAGUCACACCAAGACUAUAGCUCAGGAUUGAAAAAAAUAGUCAAGAACCCAAACCUAUGACUUAUGGGCCAAAACUGAUCAUAUUAGGCCUCUAUAAACAAUCUGUUUUUACAAUUUGGAAAUAAAUGAACAUGAGCCAAUAUUGGGUGAAAUAUUUUUGAAAUAAAAGUUUAGCAAUCAAGACAACACUUAUUGUUAUUAUUGAAUAAAUCAUUUAUAAUAUGUCCCAGUUUCCAUGUAAGAAAUCAGUCUUUUGAAGAUUUGUAAACCAAAAUGUCAUCUCUUGAAGGAUACUUAAUGUGUCAUGCCUGUCUGAGGAAUUAAUACUGAGGGUCUGCUUCCCAUACAUACAUUUUGCC